UUCUCUACAGCGUGAUGUGUCCUCCAGUAUUGAAGGUCUUCAGUGUGUGUGUCCUCAUCUCCAUCUCUGUAGCUGCACAACAGGGUUGCCUUGAUAGCGAGGACCACCUGCUCGACUUUCCUCAGCUGUGUGAAGAGGGAGACUUUGACCACAUGACAGUCAGUGUUUACCGGAGAGAUGACGCUGGAGAGAUGCAACUCAGCGCUUCAGUCGACAUCGAUUUCACAGAUGGAUCUGACGAACACAGUGAAUGCCUUGGUGUUAGUCCCCUGAACGUCAGCUGUGUACUGGACAUGCAGAACCAUCUGAACUUCAGCUGGAAUGGAGGCAGCUCUACUGGGCAUGCUCAGUACACCAUAUCACACCUGCUCUGCCAGGACGACGAGGCCGUGGAUAUGGUCCAAGAGGAGGGUGUGGAUUCUACAUUCUACACCGCGCUGAUCGACAGCGAGCCCCCGCCCUCCAAUGACGAGCACGUCCUCCUGAGGGUCAACGUGUCGACCGUGUUGCCAUGGCAGUGGCAGGUUCACACACAGAAGUGGAUGACAUGCAGUAUUCUGAAACUGGACCCUCCUCAAAUGAACGUGACUGUGCAGAGUGACAAGCUCCUCGUCCAAUGGGAACUGCCCAGAGCGCGCAGGAGGAUGGCAGCACACUGCUUCAUGUACCAGAUCUGCAUCAAUGAACAGGUGUACUCGUUUGAUUCCAAGCUGAGCUACGUUGUUCCUGAACUCGAUGUGUAUCGGAGUUACGAGUUCAAGAUGAGAGUCAAGAUACAUGACAACUGCUGCUACUCUAAUGUCUGGAGCGACUGGACGCCCGUAACAGAGGUCGGCCCCCUCAUCUCCCCGUCAACCAAAGGGGGCGGAGUCCUGGAGUCCGGCGUCCAUAUUGGAGUGGUGGCCGCCAUCGCCCUCGGCCUUCCCAUGAUCCUCCUGGCUCUCCUGCUGCUCUGCAGAAUAUACAGGGUUGUGGAUAAACUCUGUCCUCCAGUUCCCGGCCCCUCCAUGAAGAUCAAAGGGCUGCUGGAGAGAGACGACCUGGUCCAGCAGAUCAUGCCGCAGAAGUCCAUUGAAGAUGAAGAGGUGCCUGGAGUAUACAUACAGAACAGCUGGGAAUCAGACGAGGAAGAGGAGGAGGAGGAGGAGAGGAAGAGAUGAAGAGGAGGAAGAGAGGAGGAGAGGGAGAGAUGAAGAGGUGCCUGGAGUGUACCUACAGAACACCUGGGAAACAGACGAGGAAGAGGAGGAGGAGGAGAGGAAGAUAUGAAGAGGAGGAGGAGGAGAGGAAGAUAUGAAGAGAGGAAGAGAGGAGGAGAGGGAGAGAUGAAGAGGAUGAGGAGGAAGAGAUGAAGACCAUCUUAUGUCCAGGCAGAGAUGUAUGAUCUAAAGGGUGAGGAAGAGGAGGAGGAGGAAGAGGAGGAGGA